UGUAGAUACCCCAUGCUCCAGUGCUCCCACACGUCGUGCCGCACCCUGCCGGCCACAUGGCGAAACACGGCCGCACAGCCGCGCCCCAUCCUACAGCGCUCUCCUGCGGCAGGUCGGUGCACCGACCGCCCCAAGAGCAGACAGCAAUAACCUCGAAAUUUUUGUAGUCUUCAGCAGUUUUCGUCGCACAUCAGUUACGACGUAGAAGUUCGCGCGCGGGCCCCGCGAGCUCGUAUCAACGAAGGGCAGUGGCAAUGACAACACGGUUGUCAAUGUAUCAUGUCCUCGAGUUGCCUGUGAGCCCGGUGAAACGUAACAGUGUUGAAUGAGUGUGGAUGAGUGUCAUUCUAUGUUUCGUCUUAAUUACGUUGCGUCGGUGUGUGAGUAGUUGAAACAACUGAUGAACAUUCUUAUCGCAACGUGAGUGUUCCAUUUGUGUUCCUGGUGGGCUAUUGGAAACGUAAUAGAACGUGACACGAAAUGCCAAAGUACAAGCGUGGCGUGAGAAGAUAUUUAACAAAGGCUCCCAAGGGAAAGCGCUAUUAUGGUAAGAACAAGGUCAUUAGGCGUGUGCAAGGCCGAGACAUGGUGGCUCAUGAGGAAGCCUCCCACGGGGAAGUCUCUGCUGCUGAGCACACAACACAAUUGACUGAAGAGCAGGUCGGACAGUCAGGUUGGCCAACAGGUGUCCACGACCCUUUCUCUGGUUUUGAGAGGGAAGUCUCCCUUCCGGGGAGUAAAUGCCGGCCCAUCACUGUGUUAUCUCUGUUUGAUGGAAUUUCUAGCGGCCAUGUUGCUCUGAACCAACUUGGGAUUCCAAUCCUGCGUUACUUUACAAGCGAAAUUUGCCCAAAUGCCCUAAGGGUCCAAAGCUUACGCCAUCCUAAUGUGAUCCGCCUAGGAGAUGUGAGGCACGUUACAGCAGAAGUCAUUGACCGCCUUGGUAACAUUGACCUCCUACUUGGAUCUUCUCCCUGUAACGAUCUUUCGAGGGUCAACCCAAAACGCGCUGGCCUGAAUGGUGGUACAGGUGUCCUCUAUUAUGAAUUUUACAGGAUUCUGAAAUAUUUGCAAGUUAAAUAUGAAAAUCAGAAUCACACAAUGCGCUGGCUUUUCGAAAAUACAUGCCACCUUGAUUCGAGCACGCUUGACCAAAUGACAAGGUAUGCCAGUUAUGAAAAUUCCUCCUAUGGCUAUAACACCUUUCUUACCAAUGUUUCAAUCAUUGUAUACUGUCACAGUGACAUGGGUGUCCCAACAAAGCGCUGUGCUUCUGCCUUCCUGCCAGUCACCAGACAGCGUUACUUUUGGGGAAACAUUCCCGGCUUACACAGUGAAGUGGUGGUGAAACAACCGCGGUGGGAACUUCAAGACUUCAUUGAUCGUAACAAGACCGCUGUCACCUCACAGGCCCGUACUCUCACUUCAAACAGAAGUGGCAAUUAUGCAAAGUAUGCUUCAGCUAGGGAAUUUCUGAGCCCAACGGAUUACGAGCGACUGCAAGGCAAGCACGUCACUGGUUGUUGUAAAUUCGCCUUACCAUCCACAGCUGACAAGUUGGCAUUUUCGUUAACAGGUUUGGAGCCCCAUUACACAGAUGCUAAUUUAAGCAUAACGGCAAGGAUUUCACUUCUAGCGAAAGGUUGGUGUGUCCCGGUAAUAGUGGAUAUAUUAUCAAACCUUGUCCCCAUCUUUUCUGACAAGUAGGCAAUUUUCUUCAUUGAGUGACAGUUGUUUGCAUUUGUGUACAAACUUUUUAUUUUCACAUGUGCACAACACUUGUUAUUAUAGUACCAUAAAAAAAUGGAAAUAUGUCAUUUGGCUGACCCCACUUAGCUAUAGCUUUAUGUAGGUAAUUUACACAUGAAUAUUGUCAAUCUUAAAUUCAUCUUAACUAAUGUCCACGAUAUGGUGUCUACAAAAUUACUUCUAGGGAGAGAGCAGAUGGGAAAGGUUCCUAUGACAUAGUAGAUUUCAAGUGGACAUGAAGCAUUAUCAAUGGUCUUCUUCAAUUUUACAUUAAUCGCUUUUUCAGUACCAUAGAAUAUUAUUAUUGGUCAUUACAUUAAUCUUUCUUUCAGCACCAAAAAAUAUUAUUGGCGUUGUAUUUUUUUGGGUAGGUCUUUUGCUGUUUCAGUUAUUAAAUGGAUUCUGUCUGAACUGCGAUUCAUUUUUAAGACAAGUGAACUGUAAAUCAUCCUUCAGUGAUGUGUACUGCAUUCAUUUUACUGUAAUAGUAUUUUA